CAAGCCUCGUGCGACUUCAAAUUUUCACCAUGGAGCCAGGGCGACCCGGAAUCUAUUGGAAAUCCGGAUUCCAAACCACAAUCUAUCCACUGCGGCCCAGCCCACCAUCACUCGAUCUGGAGACGCUGAAGCUGAGAAACCUCUCCCUCACUCUCUCUUGCCUGGCGCAGGGCUAGGGUUUGUGUUCUUGGAAGAGCUUGCGACCCACACGGACGUUUUCACCACCCAUGUCAAAGAUCAACGAGAUUAUCCUGUAUCCUAUCGCUGCUGGGAACUCUUCUUCGUGAACGAUACAUCGACACCUAAUUUUCAACAUAGGUGUGAAAGAGAUAUGCAAGGGAAUUCAUUGCUUUUUGCUUCAACGAGCCCCUCGAUGUUGCGCUCUCCUACUGGAGCGAAUGGUACAUUAAAUUUCUUGCCAUGUCUGGCAACUCCUCUCAGGCAUAAGAGGAAACCGUUUUUUGUCAACUCCACUUCAUCUGCUGAUGCCGGUCACUCCCAGCAGAAUGCAUCAUCUUCUGAGUUUAAGAGUCCACUCUCUGUGGUUUUAGACGUCCCUCGUAUGAUUUGGAAACAGACUAUGAGACCCUUGACUGAUUUUGGAUUCGGUAGGAAAAGCAUAUGGGAGGGUGGGGUCGGCUUGUUUCUUGUUUCAGGGACACUUCUAUUGGCACUUAGCUUGGCUUGGUUGAGGGGAUUCCAAUUGAGAUCAAAGUUCAGGAAAUAUUUGGCUGUUUUUGAGUUUGAUCAGGCUAGUGGUAUUUGCACUGGAACACCUGUUAGGAUUAGAGGAGUAAACGUUGGGAAUGUGGUUCGUGUGAAUCCCUCAUUGAGGAAUAUUGAGGCUGUUGUUGAGAUUGAAGAUGAUAAAGUUAUAAUACCACGGAAUUCAUUGAUUGAAGUCAAUCAGUCUGGUCUUCUCAUGGAAACUCUCAUUGAUAUUACACCAAGAGAUCCCAUUCCAGCACCUUCAGUUGGGCCUCUUCAUGCAGGUUGUGUUAAAGAGGGUUUAAUCGUUUGUGACAGACAAAAGAUAAAGGGGCACCAAGGGGUGAGUUUGGAUGCAUUGGUUGGAAUAUUUACUCGCAUCGGUCGUGAAGUUGAAGAAAUUGGUGUUACAAAUGCUUAUACAGUGGCUGAACGGGUUGCCACUGUUAUUGAAGAGGCUCGACCGCUGCUUGCAAAGAUUAGAGCUAUGGCUGCAGAUGUAGAACCUUUGCUGGCUGAAGUUCAUGAUAGUGGUUUACUGAAGGAAGUUGAGAAUCUAACAAGAAGCCUUACACAAGCUUCCGAGGAAAUGAGAAGGGUUCAGUCGUCAAUUUUGACUCCAGAAAACACAGAAUUAAUUCAAAAGUCUAUCUAUACACUCAUUUUUACGCUGAAGAACAUUGAGAGUAUAAGCUCUGAUAUAUUAGGAUUUACUGGGGAUGAAGCCACAAGAAAGAACUUGAAACUGCUCAUUAAGUCUCUUAGCAGGCUGCUAUGAAGAAGAGGAAAUGAAAUUGACUGAUCUAUUCUGUUGCAAUGUAUUGAAAGCAGAGGAACACGUAAAUCAUGGCAGGAUUCUUUUGGAUUUGAGUAUGUUGAAGCUACUUGUUUUUUUUGCAAUGUGAAAGGCAAAAUACUUGUGGAUUCCUCAAGUGCGGAUCAGAUGGGCAAAACGAGAACCUGGCUGUCACAUUUUCUGCAUAACUCUAUGGUUGCCAUGGAUGAGAAUUCCAGCUUUCUGUUUCUUGGGCGCCCAAUAUCAUGGACUUCAGGAAUUUUGACAUUGGAAGAAGUUUCUCUGAUCUUUGAAAUGCUGAACUUGGCAUCUCCUAUACCCUUAGGUUUUGAAUUCUCUUUUUUUAGAUUGAUUACAACCCUUUUUGUUCUAAUUUGACAUCUUUUUGCUGUACUCUUCCCAGAUGCUCAUCUAUUUGGAAGGAAAAGUUGACCUUUCUGAAUAACAUAAGACCUAAGAAAUUGUUUGGAGUGUUACAUAUCAGUUUAAUUUUUUGUAGUCCA